AGCUGUUUUCAAUCAGCUGUCAAUAUUUUCCGCACAAUAAAUCAAUAAACGGGAUUUGAAAGAUCCAACUUUUAAUUGCAACUCCUCAUCUCAUAAAAUUGUUAUUAAUUUAGUGAACACAAAAAAACAGUAAAAAUACAAUACCGUGUUGGAUUCCUAGUAUUUCUCGCAUGGUAACUUUUAACAAUGGGAGUAAUGUAGGUUCUAAUCGUAACGCUUGACCGCCCGCUUAGGCCGGAAAUGUAUGUUUUACUUUAGUUUUUGCCUUGCAUUUUAAUAUAAUGGAUCUCUCUCCGGACGAGGAGAACUUUCAAGGUCGUCUGCUGCACCAAACAUUGACCAGACUCGAAAAGCUCGCGCUGGUGGAUACCACCAUUCUACAUGCUCCUGCAAGGCCGUCAGACUCGAAGAUGCUGACCGCGAAACGCCGCUCUGUGGGACAACUUGGAACUGUUGCAAGAGCUGAUAGUCAAUGGGGCUGAAGUUGACGCACGCGACACACACGGCCGUAGCGCCUUGCACGCGGCCGCGCUCGCCGAGCGAAGCGCCUGUCUGUCCGCGCUUUGUAGUGCUGGAGCUUAUGUAGACGCUAGAUGGGACUCGUCAGCCGGCGGGAAGACAGCUCUCCACAUAGCGGCAGAGCGGGGGCACGUGGAGAACAUCAGGGCGAUGUUGAAGGCCGGCGCUUCGCUGCACAUUACAGACAGUGGCGGCGACACCGCCCUCUCGCUGGCCGAGAAGAACAACCACAGGCACGCCGCCAGAGCCCUCAGGGAGGCAAGAGAUGCUCAAGACCGUGAAAGAUUGUCGCAGCACACGCAACUCCGCGACCUGGUAUCCAGGGGUGAGAGUCAGCAGCUCAAGGCCAAGCUGGCGACACUUGGCAACGACGCAGGCCUCAUAGUGAAUCUGACUCCGGGCGGAGCCAAUACUCUAUUAUAUGUUGCUGCAGAAGCCGGACUGACCACAGCGGUGGCGGCACUCCUGGACGCCGGCGCUGACGGCAGAGCCCACCCCGUCACGAAAUACAGUCCCCUCUACAUCGCUUGCUACCACGGUCGCUUGGACAUCGUCAAGUUGCUACUCUCUUAUUUCCCUGAGGCUGUCCAGCAAGAGACAGUAGAGAAAUGGUUGCCGCUCCACGCCGCGUGCAUCGGCGGUCACGCGUCUAUCGUCACGCUGCUGCUGGAGUAUCCUUACCCGGCUUCAGUACUCAACACUUACAUAGACCCGAGUGGACGUUGGGAGUAUCAAGCCGCGUUCGAUAUUAACGCCACUGAUGCACGCGGUCAGAGCGCCCUGUAUGUGGCCAGUACCUUGGGCAACAUGCCCGUGUUGGCUGCAUUGCUGGACCACAUGGUCCCCUGCCGGCCCAUUGACAAGAGCGAGGAGUCGGAACCUCCUCCUGCCUCCAGUCCACAUCGAGGCGGCAUUUCUCUAGGGAUCCACGCCAUCGUCAGCAGACUCACCGGUGGAAACCAAGACACUCCAUCCGAGAGCAGCAGACGCGUUAGGCCGGUGUCCCUGUCGGCAACCCCGGGCUGUGACGGCAGCGUGGUGGCGGCGGUCCGCGCUGGCCACGUGCGCGCUCUGCAGCGACUCCUCGUCGCCGGAGCAUCUGCAGAUGUACAGGCCUCACCGCCAGCUGACCUGGACGCGGACGGUGUCCGGGACAGCCGCAGGUCCCGGAGCGCCUCCGCUUCUCUUGCCCGGGACGGAUCCCCCUCGCCGUGCCGCAACAACUACCCAGCCGAGCGAGACGGUCCAUGGACAGCACUAGCGCUUGCAGCUCGCGCUUCUAAUAUACAAAUAGCGGAGAUGCUGAUCGCACACGGCGCUACGGACCCCCACUGCCGCGCAAUCCGGGAGUGCAGCAGGAAUGGUCUGGUCGAUCUGCUUGCCAAACUCCUGGCCACCAAGGCGUACGCGGACCCGGACAACAAGCUCAACAAGUCCGUCAUCGCCGAAGCGGUCUUCAAAAACAAGGGCACUGACGCAGCGCUGACGUACAGCGCGACCUGCCCCACCACGCCCGUGGCCGUCUGCUGGCGGGAGCUCAAGUGUCAGCUGGCGAGGAUACGCAUGAGCUGGUUGCGCAGCGCGGCCCUACGCGUGAACCCUCGCCUGGCGUCAGACCGCGCGGCACUGCUCGCCAUCACCAGGGUAGAGCUCACCAAUAACGAGCUAAGAACCCUGCCGCCGGAACUCUUCUCCCUGCUCAGUCUAAGAUACCUCAACGUAGCUCAGAAUAAGCUGGAGCGUCUGCCUACGUCCGAGGAUCCACUAGAAGACGAAAUGGACUCCAGCGGGAGACGGCUCAAACGUAAACGGCACAGACCAGAACUGUACACCGCCCCGGCACUCCAGGAGUUGUAUCUGCAGGAUAACAGACUGGAAGACCUUCCACCGGGCCUGUUCAAGCUGCCGGCUCUGAUGACCCUCGACGUGUCUAACAACAAGCUGCGGGCGCUGCCCACAGAGAUGUGGGACGCGCCGUCGCUUCGGGACAUCAACGCCGCCUUGAACCACUUGAGGGAUUUACCCACGGGACGUGAGAACCAGUCAGAGUCGCCUGGUCUGCCACCGACCUCGCCCCUGGAGUCUCCGCUGACAAGCGCCUCGCCUUCCAACUCGACAUCGCCAUUCAACUUUACCAGCUCAUCGUACUUGUCCCGAAGUCCAUCUAGUCCAUCGAUCGACAGGAGUGACUCUGAGGACGAAGGUAUCCCGAUCAUUGGAAACAGGAGUGGAAAUGCUGUUUGCACGGAGGCGCGUCGAGUGCACGCGUGGCGGGGCGCUGUGCAGGCGGGCGUGACGUCACUUGAGGGUAGCCCCCUCGCCGCUCUCAACCUGUCGCACAACCAGUUCACCUGCCUCCCCCCCGCGCUGGCCUGCAGGGCUCACAACCUUAAGCGACUGAACAUGUCCUACAACUCUCUCAGAUCGAUGUCCUACGUGACCUCGUACCCAACCAGUUUGAGGCAGCUCGAUCUCAGUCACAACAAGAUCACUUGCUGGCCCAGCUUGCCUCAGGUGGAGAACUUCGGUACGUCAGAUGACGAUCCCCUGGCGUGUUACUGUAAGACCCCCCAGGGCGGGCGGUCCCGGCCUCGUUCCGGGGGGUCGGUCAGAUCGCAGCUACUGAACGCGGCCUGCCUCGCCAGGAGGCAUCUUAGGCUCGAAGGGCUGCGGACUUUGAUAUUAGCCAACAACCAGCUGAACCGGAUCCAGUUGACGACCGAUGGUGACGGCUGCACAGCCAAUGCUCCAGACGACUCCAACACGGACGACACCGACGACUGGAACACAACCUCAAGCCUCAAGGGUCGUCUGCUGUUCCCUCUCCUCUCAAUGCUGGACGUCUCCUGUAACAUGCUGAAGAGUGUUCCACCGGCCAUACACGAGCUUACGAAUCUCUCAGUUUUGAAUAUAAGCGGAAAUAAAGGCAUAACAGAGCUGCCGCCCCAAAUGGGUCUGCUGUCCCGUCUCUGGAACCUCAACACGGUGGGCUGCUCCCUCGGCGAGCCCUUGCUGUCGAUGCUGAGGGGCGGCAACUACAAGAGCAUGGACAUCGUCGGCUACCUGAAGUCGGUGCUGCAGGAGGCCAGGCCGUACAGCUCCAUGAAGCUGAUGCUGGUCGGGUUACAGGGAAUUGGCAAAACCAGUCUAUUGGAGUGCUUGAGGCAGGAGUCUGGUCUACAGCAUCGGAGGAAACCAGCUGAGCACUGGGCUAAGCGUAUGGGGAACAAGUCGAGCCGUGGGAACGUGUCAACCGUUGGCGUGGACAUCGGCACUUGGGUGUAUGAAAAACAUCGGUCCACCAGAGGACCCAUCACAUUUAGGACCUGGGACUUUGGGGGGCAGCAGGAGUACUACGCAACGCAUCAGUAUUUUCUGUCGCGUCGCUCCCUUUACCUGGUCGUGUGGAAGGUGACGGAAGGGAAAAGAGGCCUGGCUGGCGCAUUGAACUGGCUGCGAUCUAUACAAGCCCGCGCCCCUGGUUCGCCUGUUAUAAUGGUCGCAACGCACUACGAUCAAGUUGCCAACAGUAACUUGCCGGAAAGCGAGAGUCCAGAGGUCUUGCAGCGUCUCAUUAGAUCCUCGAUCAUGGGGGCGCCUGAUGCCGACAAACUUGGUCUGCCUCGGGUCAUGGAUUCUGUCGAGAUAUCUUGCAGCACACGACACAACAUAAGGCUGCUGGCUGACAUCAUUUACUCCGUGGCGUUUAGCGUGAAGCCUCCUGGCAGCAAGGAACCACUUCUAGAGCAGAAGAUUCCAGCAACGUACCUGGCCUUAGAGGAGUGUGUGACGUCACUGGCUGCUGAGCUUCGGGAGCCGGUGCUGAGCCAUGACGAGUACCGGAGACUGGUGACCCAAUACAUGCAGCAGAAGAACCACAGAAUGUUCCGGGACGCGGCCGAGCUGCAUCAGGCCACCAUGUUCCUUCAUGAAAACGGAGUACUCCUGCAUUACGACGACGCCAGCCUCAAGCAGCUGUACUUCCUCAAGCCGCAGUGGCUCUGCGACGUGCUCUCACACGUCGUCACUAUAAGGGAGAUUAACCCUUUUGCGAAUAACGGUAUAAUGAAGAUCGAGGACUUAGCGCAUGUCUUCAAAGCUUCACCCAUGUUAGCGCGCGGGGAGGAGGCCAGCUCCUUAGGCGUCUCGCUACUGAACAAGUUCGAGCUGGCCCUCUGCUGGGAUUCCAGGGUCUUACUGGUCCCACCGUUGCUGCCGAAUGCGGAGCCGGCGAGCCCUCAGCUGGCUUUACGCAGCAAGACCUGGUCACAUUCGAGCAGGAACACUCCGAGGCGAGCCUUCCCUGCGUCCGUGCAGCCCCACCUCACCCUUCCGGAACAGAGCAGGCCGACCGAUUCCCCAGUGUUGAUACAAGAUCACACGGGCUCCAUCACGGUGUCUGGGAGAGGGGGGGAGAUGUCACUUGUCCGACUCGUCCUGCUCUCGUACGUGCCGAGUGGCUUCUGGGCUCGUCUGACCACCAGGGUGCUGGCCGAUGCUGCACUGGCAGUGGCUGCGGGCCAACUGUAUCGUCUAACACCCGAGAUGGAGGUGGAUGAGGGUAUAUCCCGAGCGCUGGAGGGAUGCUGGGGCUGGAAGCUGUGGAAAACGGGACUGUCGCUGUGUUGCGGGGCUCUCACCGUCGCCUCGCUGCGGGACCUGCCGGCGCGAACCGACGCCCUGCUCGGCCUCUGCGACGACGGACACACUGAACACGCUUACACGGGACUGAGGCUCAGGGUACGUCAAGAAGGUGCUUGGUGUGAUCUGGAGGUGGACGCGACUGCCUGCGUGGAGCUCUGUCUACCCGCGCAGGUGUGUGUCGUGAAGAGAGACGACGGCCUCCCGAUAGCUGGGUAUCAGAGCAUCAGCCUGGAACCGAACCCAGAGACGUUGGCCAAACUGCUAGCGCUACUUUCUGACCACGUGGACUUGUUACUAGAAGACUGGUACCCAUCCUUAGGUACAAGGUUCGUACAUACUUCGGAGGGACGAUGCCUGAUCACGCGGCUGGUCCCCUGCCCCGCCUGUCUGAAGGACGCGGGGCGAAGCUCCCACGACGACAUGCCUUUAGCGCAAGCAUUCAGAAGAUUUGAACUUGGCGCCUUGGAGCCGAGGAGGGCGCGGCUGUCCCAGGACUCCCGCGCCUCAGACGGAGACAGUGGAGUUGGCGCUGAGUCUAAUGCCUCGUCCCGGCUCGGGUCAGUGGAGGGGAUCGUGAACGAGCCAAGACCCGCCACCUCCGUGUACGCUUGGACCGUGGAGGACUGCAUAUUAGCGGCUUGCACCAGUACUAAGCUCCAGUGCGCGUUGCAUUCGCACGUAGAGCUGAGGCAGUUGGCUCCGGAUGCGCUCCUGCUAGACGUGGAGGAAGAGAAGAGAGCCCGGUGGGAGCAAAUCACGCGCGGGGUGGUGGCGGGGCGCGGCGCCUUCGGUACCGUGCUGACGGGCACGUGGCGCCGUUCGCCAGCUAACUUAGUGCCGGUCGCCAUCAAAGCCUUACAGCCAGUCCCGCCCCCCAGUCACCAUGAUGUACCAGCUCAGCAGGCUUACAAGGCGGCCCUGUCGCGCUGGGACCGCGACCCGCUGUCUGCCGCCUGCCGCGCGUACUGCGGGCUGCGGCAGGAGCUGGGCAUCGUGCUGCGCCUUUCGCACCCGCACGUGGUCUCCCUGCGCGCCGUCUGCGCCGCCCCGCUCGCCCUGCUGCUGGAGCUCGCGCCGCAGGGAGCUCUGGACGCAGCCCUACGGGAGUACCGGAGCGGGGGAGCGCGGGUGGGGGAGAGGGCGGCGCGUGCUGUCCUCCUGCAGGUAGCUCGGGCCCUCGAGUACUUGCACGCCAGGAGGAUCGUGUACAGAGACCUGAAGUCUGAAAACGUAUUGGUGUGGCAUCUCCCGAAGCCGCACGAAGCCGCGGAAGCUGAGAUCAACUCAGCCCCCCUACAAGUACUGGUCAAACUGGGAGAUUACGGUAUCAGCAGGCUAGCUCCGCCCUCAGGGACGAAAGGCUUCGGGGGCACUGAAGGGUUCAUGGCGCCGGAGAUCAUGAGAUACAAUGGCGAAGAAGAAUACAAUGAAAAGGUGGACUGCUUCUCUUACGGCAUGCUGAUCUACGAGGUGGUGACCUGCCGCCAGCCGUUCGAAGGUCACGAGGCCGUCAAGGAAGCCGUGCUUGAGGGCGUGAGGCCCACACUCACUCCAAGGGAGUUGGAGUAUCCGUGCUGCGUUCUCGAGAUGAUGCGUCGGUGUUGGAGCGGAUCUCCGGAGGCGCGUCCGUCGGGGGCCGCGCUGGUGUCCCUUAGCGCAGCCCCCGAGUACGGCACGCUCCGGGACGCGGCCGCCUGCCGCCCCGCCGCCACCGCCGCGGCGCUGCCUCUACACACACAGGAGGGCGCAUUGCAGUGGGAGCUGUGGUACGGAGGAGGGGAGCCAGAACGGGUCCACACACUCCUGGCCUCGCCACACGCCUUCACGCAUCAUCACACCGUCAGGCUGCUUGCAGACAAAGCUGAACCAGUCGUCGCGACGGCCGUUUGCGUGGUCGGAGCCACGGUCUGGGUCGGAGAUUCCUCCGGCAGACUCACAGUCUACUCUGCUUCGACUUGCGCGUUGAAAUGGUGUGCCAAAGUUCAGGAUUCUGUGGGCGGCGCGAGUAGCGGCAUAGUGGCCAUGCUGUCACUCGCUGACCUGGGCCGGGUCGCGCUCGCCCUCGCCUGCGGGAGGUUGUUCUUGGUGACUGGCCAGGAGCCGGUAGCUGAAGGCUGCUUCGUGCUUUCCGAGCUGGGGGCGGCGCGUGAGCUGUGCUGUCUGGCCGCCGUGCCGACGCCGCAUGGUAGUGUCGGUCAGGGCAGGUUCGAAGUGUGGGCUGGCGGCGACUCGCUGUCGGCGUACCGCGUGUCGGCCGAGGGGGUGUGCGGGGCGGAGGCGGUGGCGGCGGGGGGCAGGGUCGCUCUACUGGCGGCCGCCGCGGCGCUGCCCUGCGUCUACGCGUACACGCAGCCAGGCGUGUCAGUGUACCAGUACAGCGUGGUCACCAAGAAGGUCGGCUGCCGUCUGGACUGCAGCAAGCUGGUGCCCUGCUCCGAGAGCCUGCAGUCCAUAUCCUUGGACGAGCACUUCGAUCAGUGCCUGUGUAGGGUGACUGCAUUGAGCGCGGUCGGAGACGAAGUUUAUGUUGGGACAGCGUGGGGCUGCGUCAUAGUCGCUGAUGCGGCGACGUUGCGUCCCAUUACCGUCUGUCGGCCCUACGAGCAGGACGUGACCGCCAUAAUACCAUUGCCGCAACCGAAAAAAUCGAAAAGGUCUCCGAUGCUGGCAACAUUCGGCAACGGAUACAGACCUCUGGUCCAAAGAUACGCCCCGACUCAGACUAACAACGCACAGCAACAGUACAAUGGCUACUACUGCCUGCUCUGGAAUUCGAGGCAUUGGCUCCCCGAUUAAUAAAAACAUCUUCAAACAAUACGCUUCGACGACAAACUUCAAACAUCUAGGGCUGGAAUUGACGCUGCUAAUGACAGCGCCCGACAACAAAGACUUUUGGGAAGAGGCAAUUAGCUAAAUAAUUCCGGCUUCAUAGUUUAUCUCUGUCUGACAAACGUCAGAUUGGUAGCGUGCGACAGAGAUAAUGCACGUGCUAUAUUUAUCGCCCGGUACAGCAGAAAUUAUGAUAUGAUAAUUGAUUUUAAAUUCUAGCUUACAUCUAUAUUGAAAGUCGAAUUUGUGAAAGAAAAUGUUCGCUUCGUCGUUACGCGAUGUAUAUUAAUUGCGUUUGGCUGUAUGGACUAUGUCCGCUUUGCUCGUUGAUGUAAAUAAAAAAAGUCAUGCUUUUAAAAGGGCUUAUUCGAACAUAGUUUUGGCGGGAAAGAGAAAAUAUGUCAAUAUGUCCGAAUUGUUUUAAUAAUUUAGCGUACAGAGGGUAGAUGUAAGGAGCGCUAUCUUAUAUAGGGAUCACCGAAAUAUCGCCAUUGUGGUAAGUUUUUAUAUUUAUUGCAUAGAUGAGUGGACGAGCUCACAGCCCACCUGGUUUUAAGUGGAUACUAGAGCCCAUAGACAUCUACAAUGUAAAUGCCGCCACCCGCCUUGAGAUAUGAGUUCUAAGAUCUCAGUAUAGUUACAACGGCUGCCCCGCCCUUCAAACCGAAACGCAUUACUGCUUCACGGCAGAAAUAGGUAAGGCGGUGGUACCUACCCGUUCGGUCUCACAAGAGUUCCUACCACCAGUGGACGUGGAAACGAUAUGAAUAUAGCAGCUUUAAACAGAGCGAAGUGUGCUGGAUUGAAAUGUAGUGUUGGUAGUUGUUUUUAAAAUCCUUCCACUUGCUACAGUUGCGCCAUCUUACAUGGCUUUGUUUCAGCAAACACUUUUUAACACACUGAUUUUUUUUCAAAACAUUUUAUGACCUGGUAACUAAGACCUUUAAGUCAUGUCUUAUUUUAAUUUAUGUUCUUAUUUUUAUGAAAAAUGAUAAUGUGGAGUGAAAUGAAAUGAAACGAAGACAAUUAAUUUGUGACAUUAAUCAACUGGGAUGAAAUUAAAUGAGAUGCCAUGUGAUGAUAUGGGAUGAAAUAUAAUCUCAGUAAAAUGGUGGUCAUUUACUGAGAUUUUUUCAGUGGACUUUUUGGAGGAUCCCGAGAAGUUACGUACAGCGGCUUUGUUUUAUUUUUCCCCAUUUGUACACUUUCACAGAUAUUAAACGGUUAAUAAACCACCGUUAUCACACAUUUAAACCUGAAGAAACACUAAAUAGACAAAAUAAAAUAAAUCACACAACUUCACUCCUCGCGUUCCCACCAAAAAGUUCUUAAUAUACUGAGAUGAUUCUACUCAUUUCUACCCUCUUUCGAUAUAUGAGUCGACUAUUAUCAAAGCCGGCAAUGUGACUUUUGGACAAUUAUUGGUAAAUCAGAAAAACGAAUUAUUGACUUUGUAUUCCAUUGGCAGUCACAAAACUCUUCUGAACGACAUCUUAGAUAAAUAACAGGUUAACUAUUAACCUUUAUUUAAUGCAGGUUUUGAACCGUAUUCUUUGAAGGAGACGAUUAUAUUCAAAUCAAUCUGUAUUGACAUAUCAAUAACAUUUUUUUGUCCAAAUGCACAGAUUGCCACCUUUGAUAAUAGACGACUCAUAUAUAUGAUUGAUUUUAAUGUAGUAUCCCAACCCACACGGUCGAGCUGAGUGUUGCGUUUAUUUCAUAAGAAUCUAUAAAGGUAUCUUGAAGUGGCCAAGAAAAUGAAUAAAUGCGUUUAACUUCUUCAUUAUAUUAUAUAUAAAUACUCAUUAUAUUAAUUUUAAUUAUUUUACAAAAUCGAACUGACAUGCGCGUCCAUCUUUUUUCUUCGUGUAAUAUAUUUGUUUUAAAUUUUGACAAUUGGUUUCCACUAUUGCGUUUCCUGAUUUGUGAUUGGUUCGCGCGAUAUGACGUCAUCGUUGGCCAAUCACAGCCAUGAAUGUAUGACGCGACGUUGGUUCGUUAGCACGGAGUUAUUUAAAAAGGCAUUUCAAAUAAAUUAUAUGUAUACAGAAAAAUAAAAUUAUGUUUAAAGUAUAUAUUUUCAUCACAGUCGGCAUCUCUUGGUAGAGCAGAUAUAUAUUUUAGUCCACCUUAAAAAAGGAGGAAGAUCUCGAUUCGAUUUUUUUUUAAUAUGUUUCAGAACUUUUUUCUAGGUGAACCUUUUUUGUUUGUUUUUUUAUUGAGACUGAUGCUACCAAGAUCCAGCCAAUAGUUUUUGAGUUACCUUUACACAUUCACAUUCAAUUAUCUCCGACUUCGCCAUUAAUAAAUAUUCUUUCUCAUUUUGUUUCAGUAAGAUUUGCUGAUUUUUUUGUUAAGUUACAGAUAUCAAUUAAAUUUCCACUUUGAAUAAGAAUAAUUGUAACAGAUACGUGUAUUUAUAAAUACAUAUAAUAAUAAACUUUAAAAUUGAUUCAUGUUCAUAUCGAGGGGUGAAAAGUCAUUUGAUUUAAGCGACAUUUUUACAAAUUUACAGGACAGCCAUUUAAAGUUUGAACAUUUUGAAAAAAUAUCAUAACAAAAUAACUUCUACAUCUACUUAUUUGAAUACGGUAAAUAUAUUAUGUAAUUGAAGUUCAAUUAAAAACAUCGAACUGUUGAUCCUAUUACCAAAAAAAAACGGACUAUUAAUUACAAUAGUGUUUCAGUCCUCUAAAUAUAUGUUAAAUAUCUUUUCUUUUUUUUUUAUUGCCCAUAUAAGCACGCACGGGCAUACGGCCCGCCUGAUGGUGGAUGGUUACCGUCGCCCAUGGACUUCAGCAAUGCCAGGGGCAGAGUCAAGCCGCUGCCUACCGCUUAAUACUCUCCACAAGCCUCGUUUGAAGAAGGACAUGUCAUAGCGCUCGCGAAACACUGCAAAUGUCGCGUAUUAAGCGGAAUGUCGCUUAUUGUCAUUCACCCCUCGAUAAGUAGAUAAUUUUAUGUGUUGACAGUAAUCCAUCGUAGCUAUAAAGAAAGCCAAAGAUGAAAAAUAAAUGAUUUAAAAACCAAAA